AUGUCGAAGUCAAUUGUGAAUUCCGCACAAACGUUACCUCGAUUUCUACUCCCAAAGUUAAGCUGGCAGACACGAUCCUCAUUACCCCCCCAACACACUGUUCGAGCAUUAAACACGGCAAUAAACAACAACGGAAGGUCUAGAACUCCAAUUUUAGGACAGCAUAUAUCCAAUAGAGCACGAUCGGGAGAAUAUGGAAACAAUCCUCGAAGUAGCAUAUUACAAGACCCUUCUUGUCGAAGGGCAUUCCAUGCAACCCCUCGUCAGUCCAGGGACCACCAUUUCGAUACCUUGAAGUUUGUCCAAAGGUUACGAGAUGAGGGAUUCACCGAGCCGCAAGCUGUAGCUAUGAUGAAAGUGCUCAGCGAUGUCAUUGAAGAAAGCAUCCAAAACCUAACUCGCACAAUGAUCCUCCGCGAAGAUGCCGCCCGCGCAACCUACACGCAAAAAGUAGAUUUCGCCGCCCUCCGCAGCGAACUCCUCUCGGCCGAUUCCACGGAAUCCUCCACCACGCGGGCCUCGCACGAGCGACUCACCAAUGAUCUCGCCAAACUCAGUGCCCGUCUGCGCGACGAAGUCUCUCGAACCCAGGCUUCUGUUCGAUUGGACUUGAAUUUAGAAAAAGGCAGGAUAAGAGAAGAGGCCAAUGUGCAAGAUCUGAAGAUUAAGGAGACAGAAACGAAGAUUGAGCAAGAGGUGGCUGGGUUGAGGGAGAAGUUGGAGGGUGUUAAGUUUCAGACGUUGCAGUGGUUAAUGGGAGUUUGCACGGGUACGGCGGCGUUGAUUUUGGGUGCUUGGAGAUUGUUGAUGUAA